CGACAACACGAAAUUUGUUUGUUUUCCUUAAUCGAAAAUGCUAAGAUCACCGGAGCAGAUCUUCGCCUGCGGAUUCGAGGUAUUUGGCAAAGUGCAGGGUGUACACCUGCGCAAGCAAACGCGCGAUCUGGCCACACUGAACAAUGUCCGCGGCUGGGUGAUGAACACUGACGAGGGCACGGUCAAGGGCCAGCUGGAGGGCACCCUGCCCAAGGUCAACGAGCUGAAGUUCUGGCUCCUCAACUUUGGCAGUCCGCGUUCCAUCAUCGAGCGAGCAGACUUUACGCCCACCAAGGAGAUACCGACCCAUACAUUUAACGGUUUUACCAUACGCUACCACCAGAAUCCACCAGAAUCAUUCGGCAGUUCGAUCUGUAGCAAAGGAUGAGAAGUAACUGGAGCAAUAGUCUUACAUGCAUGUUGUAAUUGUGUCUUUUGGGCCUUGAAAUUGUGUAGAAAAUACAUACAUAUAUAGUUUAUUA